AUGAUACCCACUGCGAUUCUACAUCAACCAAAUCUACGCUACCUGCGAACAAUCCCUAAAACCUCGAUGGGAGCGUUAUCUGGCGCUUACAGUCUGGAACGCAAGAUGGCCAGAAACCCUGCGCUACGGGAAAAUCUGAUGAAACAAUUAGCAGACUAUCAGACAAAGGGUUAUGCCCACCAGCUAACAGAAACGGAACAGAUGAACUCGGAUCCUAGACGUACUUGGUAUUUACCACUCGGUGUGGUAAUGAAUCCGAAGAAACCAGAGAAAGUUCGGAUGAUUUGGGAUGCCGCUGCAACAGUCAAUGGAGUUUCUUUAAACUCGAUGUUGCUGAAGGGACCUGAUGAGCUUGUUCCGCUUCCCUGGAUACUUUUUCGCUUUCGCCAAUAUCCGGUUGCCGUAACUGCAGAUAUAACCGAAAUGUAUCAUCAGAUAAUGAUUGAUCCUAGAGACCAACAGGACCAACGCUUCUUAUGGAGAUCAGAUCCUGAAAAAUUACCAGAAAUAUAUGUUAUGAAUGUAGCAACAUUUGGCGCCACUUGUUCGCCAGCAGCAGCACAAUUUGUCAAGAAUAAAAAUGCGAAGGAAUUUGAAAGAAGUUAUCCUAGGGCAGUAGAAGGCAUUGUACAAAGACAUUACGUUGACGACUACGUCGACAGUUUUGAGACACUCGAAGAGGCUUCCGCAGUGUCUUCACAAGUUCGAAUGAUCCACGCAGCUGGCGGUUUCAACAUUAGAGGUUGGCGAUCGAACUACAAAGAGGUGCUAGAAAGCCUAGGCGAAAAUGCCGCACAACAUCCUAAAACUUUGGAUCUAGAAUCCCGAAAUUAUGAACGUGUACUGGGCAUGCACUGGUUGCCCGAAGAAGACCUUUUGGCGUAUUCUACUUCACUCCCCCUAGAACUCCGUGAUGUUAUAACAAAGGGUGACCACCCAACGAAACGCCAAGUUUUGCGUUGCUUGAUGAGUUUUUUUGAUCCUCUUGGUAUUUUAGCCGCAUUUGUUCUUCAUGGGAAGGUUCUACUUCAGGAUAUCUGGCGCGCAGGUACUGAGUGGGACGAGCAAAUAAACAAGAAUGCCUUUGAGAAAUGGUUGCGGUGGACGGAACAAUUCGAACAUAUAUCUAGACUUAGAAUUCCCCGCUGUUACUUCGAUGGGGUAAAUAAUAGUCGCUACAAACAAACGGAGCUGCACAUAUUUGUUGACGCCAGCGAGGAAGCGUAUGCUGCUGUCGGUUACUUCCGCAUCCCCAGCAACUCAGGAGGUUUCGAAUGCAGCCUAGUGGCAGCAAAAACAAAGGUUGCGCCGCUGAAACAUUGGUCUAUUCCACGUCUGGAACUUCAGGCCGCCGUCAUAGGGACACGCUUAAAGAAGUGUAUCACGGAAGGACAUGCAAUCUCUGCCCAACGGGUUGUAUUUUGGUCCGAUUCUAGCACAGUGCUAGCAUGGAUUCGAUCCGAUCAUCGCCGAUUCACCCAGUUCGUUGCAUGUCGUGUAGGAGAAAUAUUAUCGACAACAAACAUUUCAGAAUGGCGCUGGGUUCCGUCCAAGUUUAACGUUGCCGACUGCGCUACCAAAUGGGGGCAAGGACCUCCAGUAUGUUCAUCUGAUAGCUGGUUUAGAGGGCCAGCAUUCCUAUGGGAAUCAGAACAAACUUGGCCCCAACCGAAGGCCGUGAAGACAACGACAGAAGAAUUAAGAGUUUCCUGUGUACAUUCUGGAACGAUUGUAUUAGUAGAACCGUUAGUUGAGUUUACCAAAUUUUCUAAGUGGGAGCGCUUAGUACGAACGAUGGCGUAUAUAUAUCGGUGGCAGAACCUUGCCAUGAAGGGUAAUGUAAGCGGUUUUCUUAAACAAGAUGAGUUGUUAGCCGGUGAAAGUGCUGUAUUUCGCCUUUGCCAGUUGCAAGCCUUCUCGGCUGAAAUUAACGUUCUUAAACGGAAUCAAACACUUUCGAAAGAACAACGAAUUCCUUUAGCUAAAACCAGCGUAAUUUUAAAGCUCAGCCCUUACUUGGACGAAAACGACGUGCUGCGAGUUGAUAGUAGAGUAGGAGCAGCGAAGAAUGUGGCAUCUAAUUUAAAAUUUCCGGUAAUUUUACCAAGAAAUCAUUACGUGACCGAGCUCAUCGUAAAUUAUUAUCAUCGCAAGUACCUUCACUGUAACUCAGAGACCGUAGUCAACGAAUUGCGACAAUGUUUCUACAUAUCACAGCUUCGACCCGUCGUUAAAAGAAUUACCCGUAAGUGUCAAUAUUGCAAGGUGUAUCGAUCAGAGCCUCAAAUACCUCGAAUGGCUCCGCUACCUGAAGCAAGACUGGCUUCCUAUACUCGCCCUUUCAGCUACGUGGGGUUGGAUCUGUUUGGCCCCUUGUUCGUCAAAAUUGGGAGGAGUUCGGUGAAAAGAUGGGUGGCCCUUUUCACCUGCAUGACGAUACGGGCCGUACAUGUUGAGAUCGUCCACACUCUAAGUACUCAAUCAUGUAUAAUGAGUAUUCGUAGGUUCAUCGGCAGACGCGGAGCUCCAAUAGAAAUCCAUUCGGACAAUGGUACUAACUUUAGAGGAGCGGACAACAUUCUUCAGAAACAAAUGCAGCAGUUUCAUUUAGACAUGGCAUCGACAUUCACAAAUGCAAAUACCAAAUGGGUAUUUAUACCGCCUGGAACCCCGCAUAUGGGAGGAUGCUGGGAGCGAAUGGUGCGCUCCGUCAAAACGGCACUGGAAGCGUGUGUUCAAUCUGGACGGAAACUUGACGAUGAAGCGCUGUACACACUAGCCGUUGAUGCCGAAGGGAUAGUGAACUCACGCCCUCUUACUUAUCUACCUUUGGAGUCAGAGGAGCAGGAAGCCCUGACACCCAAUCACUUUUUGCUUGGCAAUUCGAAUGGAGUGAAACAGAAACCUGGGAACACAUCCAUUGUGAAAUACGAGGUAGGCCAUACUUGGAAUCAAAUUCAACAACAACUUGAUGUUUUCUGGAGUAGAUGGGUGCGUGAAUAUUUGCCUUCAAUAACGCGCCGCACGAAAUGGUUCAAUGAUGUCAAACCCGUUAAAAUCGGGGACUUCGUGGUUGUUGUUAAUGAAGCACGGCGCAACGGUUGGACUCGAGGUCGGGUUCAGGAGAUAAUCCAUGGUGCAGAUGGACGCAUUCGCAAAGCUAUCAUACUUACAAACAAGGGGCUCACACGGCAGGCGGUCUCAAAAUUGGCAGUCUUAGACAUUCAAAUGGGAAACGCAGAACCUAGACGACCCUGA